AUGCCUGUGUUCCAGGAAACGGCCCACAAGGAACGGGAUCUGCGGAUCAACCCAACGAUAGAACCCCCUCUUCCAAGAUUGACUCCGCAUCCUGAUCUCUCUGCCGCCCGGGAUGGCAUCGAGAGACAUGAGGUCGUCGUCAUUGGCGCAGGUCCAGCGGGCAUGAUGUGCACUUUGCUGCUGGCACGUUACGGGCUGGGAGACUCACUGGUCUGUUACGACGCCAAGCCUGGAACACUCAAGGCUGGCCAGGCUGAUGGUCUGCAACCACGUACUUUGGAAGUUCUCAAGAGCCUGGACAUUGCCGAUGAGAUCAUCAAUCACGGUUGCCAUAUGUCCGAGGUCGCAUUCUGGAACCCGAAGCCCAAAUCAUCCCCGCAAGAUCCCCCCGCAAUUGAGCGCACCUCAUUCGCUCCUGAUGUUGUGGUUGCGGCGAGAUACAAGCACGAGGUCACAAUACACCAGGGCCGCAUUGAGCGCAUCCUAGAGAACAACCUCGACCAGUACGCAUCCAAUGUCAUCCGCCGAAGCUCGCGAUUUGUGGGUUUCCAGCUUGACGAGGAGGGAGAUGCGGAGUUCCCUGUCAAGUUCGAAAUCGAGCAGGAGGGGCCAGAUGGCACCAAGACGACGAGAACCGGGCGCACCAAGUACCUUGUAGGUGCUGAUGGUGCCCAUUCAGCUGUGAGGCGGUCCAUGGGACUGGAGCUGGCUGGUGAAACCACAGACCACAUCUGGGGUGUUCUCGACUUCGUGGCAGACACGGACUUUCCUGAUGUGCGAAAGCGAUCAGCCAUCCACAGUGAUGCCGGGUCUGUCAUGAUUAUUCCUCGAGAACGUAUCCAAAGCGGCGAAUAUCUUACCCGCCUCUACGUUCAAACUGUCGAGGAAGUUGAUCCUUCCGAGGAGGCUGGUGUCAAUGGCUCUGGUUCCAAUGGUGUCAAAUCGAAAGAAAAAUCGAAGACUAGGAGGGCUGGCAUCACUCUGGAAUCCAUCUUGGAACAAGCAGGGCGAGUCUUCCAUCCUUACGAAAUCAAGAUCAAAGAAGGCACCGAAGUUGAUUGGUGGGCUGCUUAUCAAAUUGGACAGCGUAUGACUCCCAAGUUCUCGCUCCAGGACUCCAAAGGGCACGAUCGAGUCUUCAUUGCUGGCGAUGCUUGCCACACUCAUAGCCCCAAGGCAGGUCAGGGGAUGAACGUCUCUAUGAUGGACUCAUACAACCUUGCCUGGAAACUGACUCAUCAAAUUCAUGGGCUGAGCCCUCAAACAGAGAGUCCAUCUGUGCUCUCCACUUAUGGCUUCGAGCGCACAACGAUUGCCAAAAUGCUUAUCGAGUUUGACACCCAAUUCUCGUCCAUGUUUUCUGGCAAGAUCGAUUCGGACAAGAGUGUAGAAGGUCUCACCCAUGAGCAGUUCCUCAAGGUAUUUAGUGAUGGCAGUGGAUUCACCAGCGGUUGCGGUAUCGAGUACCCAGCCGGCAUUCUUGUCGAGCCGCCGAGCUCUGGAAAUGGCUAUCCCGUGACAGGAGACAACUAUCUCCACGGCACACUCAAGCCUGGGCGACGUUUACUCAACUCCAAAGUAAGAAGAUAUGCAGACGCAAACCUACGGGACUUGCAAGAUGACUUCAUUUCCACCGGAAGAUUCCGAGUGCUUGCCUUUACGUCAAUCGACUUGGCCCAGAAAGGGGGCCGUUCUGCUAAGAGUUUGACUCAGGUUGGCCAGUCCAUAUUGCCUAGCUUCCCUGCCGGCACUGUUGAGUUGGUAGUGUUACACCCAUUCCUAGAAAGGAGUUUUGAAUGGGUGGACAUCCCAGGAACUGUCAAGAAGUUGGCUGAGAUGCGUUUCCACGGGCCGAUAGAUGAUAGCCUCUAUCCUACGUAUGGAGUGGACCCCAACGAGGGCGCUCUGGUUGUCGUUCGCCCAGACGGUUAUGUGGGUGUCAUUUCGUCACUCGUGGAUGUCGCCCAAGUGGACAGCUACUUAAGUAAGAGUUUAAUCAAGGCCUAG